AUGGAACGACAGAUAUUGCCCGUUGACAAGGCGAUCAAUACCGAUCUCUAUGUAUACGACACAGGAAAACCGAAUCGGCGGGAGAAACGGGUCAUUCGGGUACGACGCGACAGUAACAUCGAUGUUCAAAAAUGGGAAGGCUCUUAUGAUUCAUCGGAGGAGGAAUACUAUGAUAAUUCCAGGGCUGGCCAAUCCUUCGGUACGCGCGAAACAGAGGUAUACGGCGUCCCCAUGGACCACCUCGUUGUCAUCGUUGGCGAACUUCUGCCGUUCAGGGUUAAAUUGUAUAACAGUGCGCAGGCAGAGUUUCCCAGGCAUUUGCCCCAAGCUAUCAAGAAUGCCAUACCGGCCAAAGACCCCCGCAGAAUACGCAUCGUGGUCUGUUUACUAAAAGACCCUCUAGGACGUUCAUAUGUUCUUGCAGACAAGAAAGACGGAUUAUGCUCCCUCCGUUCUCUUCCAUGCGGGUAUGACAGGGAAACAUUCUACUAUCGAGAAUGGGCCAAGAUCGAUUCGGAUACUCCCACCUUCGCAAAAGGGCGAAAACCAGCCUGGAAGAACGAGGUCAAUGAGUUUUGUUUGACAUAUGUUCGAGAAAACAGCGCUGAUAUCCCAGCUGACUUCCACUAUUCAACCACAGGGGGCCAGUUCACUCAGAAACAAAACCGCUUUGAAUGUGUGGUUUCAAAUCUAAAGAAAUCACUGGCUUGCUACAAGCACUCGGAAAAUCCAGAAUAUCUUAAUCAUAUGAUAUUGCAGCUUGACCAAGCACUGGGCUGUCCGCCGGGUAACGAUUCCCAGAAUCAUGACAUGAAGCUCAUCGUCAACCUGAUCUCUGCUGAUGAAACGCUCAGUUAUGAAGAGGCUAAUGAGGCAGCCGCCGCUUACAAGAAUAUCUGGUCUGCUGCUACUCCUCAUGAUCUUCCACAAGCCGUCACUGGUGCUGCGCUAUUUCAGCUGGGCACCGGACUUCGUACCAAAGUUCUCGGAGAGUAUCCUUCUCUACAAGAAAAUAGAUAUCAACAGUUCAUAUCUACAUUCUGCACUCUAUAUGAGAAGUUUCAGGAUAAUUCCUGCCCAUACUCAGAAUCUCAACGAGAUAUCGACAUUAUCAUUGCUUACCGAUCAGCUCGGAGAUCAGCUGUCAGUGAUAUCGAUCUUCUAAUGGUUCCAGUCAAGACAGGAUCCCCAGAAGCGGUAGUGCUCGUAGAAAUACAGCAGCAUAUUAAGGAGCUCCGGUGCUUCAUUAAGCUCAUGUCCGAGAGAAUCGAAUGCAUUUCAACUGCGUAUCCGAGUCGACCAACCAUCCCCUCUGAAUAUGGGCUACCGGAACACAUCCGACAUUUGAUGAACGCGAUCGACGUCAAUGAGGCUUCGGAGCACGUAUCACAUAUUAUACAUUAUUUCACGAUGCAAGAAAAAGCCAGUCUUUCAAGCCUCAUAGACAUGAUUGCUGAGGUAGAGGCCAACUCGAUUGAGCGGAUGCAAACUUUUGCCCAUGAUUUCCAGGCCAAAGUCUCACCCGCUGAAGAUGGGGAUGACAAUUGA